AUGGCCGAUUCUUCCACAGGAAUAGUGGUUCUCCUGAACAACCUGGCUAUAGAGACAUCCACCUUCAGAGAUGAUUUAACCUCCUCAAAGGUCUUUGACAGCAUAUCCUUAAACUAUGAAACAAUAUCUUCUGCUUUAGAGAGAUCUUGUACAUCCGAAAUAUCCAUGAAGAACCAGACGUUGGUCAGUGAGAUUGUUCUCUUGGGAUUUCAGAAUCUCCACAACUUGAAGAUUCCCCUGUUCUCUCUGUUUCUUCUGAUUUAUAUUAUGACAGUUUGGGAGAAUAUCCUCAUCAUAGUGUUGGUGUCCUCCAGCCGGAAACUCCAGUCCCCCAUGUACUUCUUUCUCCAACAGUUGGCACUGUGUGACCUUGUUGUCUCUACUAUUAUUGUUUCCAUCUUGCUCCAGACUUUAAUUAGUGAUGAAGUCUCAAUGUCCCUCUUUGGUUGUAUAAGCCAAAUGUACUUUUGGGGUGCUUCAGAAUGUUUUGAGUGUUUGCUUCUAGCAGUAAUGUCCUAUGACAGAUAUGUGGCCAUCUGUAUCCCACUGCGUUACUCUUCUAUAAUGUCCCACAGGGUUUGUGUCAUUGUUAUUGUUAUGUCUUGGAUCAUCAGUAUCUUCUCUCUAUUGAUAACUGCAAAGCUGAUAGGGAGCCUACGGUUUUGUGAACAGAAAAAUAUUAACCACUUUUUUUGCGACAUGGACCCUCUUCUUCAAAUGUCCUACUCAGAUACCUUCUUAGUGCAAAUAGAAGCUAUUUUACUGUCUAUUCUAGAGGUUAUUUUCCCCUUUAUACUAAUCUGUGUAUCAUAUAUGUGUAUUGCCCAUGAAAUCCUAAAGAUAGUGUCCAAUACCGGGAGACAAAAAGCCUUCUCCACCUGCAGCUCCCACUUGGCUGUGGUCUCCAUAUUUUAUGGAACUCUCAUUGCUAUUUAUGUGGUUCCCCCCAGUAAACGAUCACAGAUUUUAAGCAAAGUUCUCUCGCUGUUGUACACUGUACUUACCCCAUUAGUUAACCCACUUAUUUACAGCUUAAGAAGUAAAGAUAUAAAAGACGCAUUUAAACAAUUAACGUAA